UUACGGUCAAAUAUUUGGUGGUCCUGUUCCUCUUCGAAUUGGCGUCUAUCUUCUCAAAGAACCGAGGGGUUGAAUGAGAAUGGUAUACACUAAGCUAUGUGUCAGGCGUUUUACACAGAACAGAAGAAAGUGUAACCCAGUUUGGAUUAUUUAUUCCUUUUUGGAUGAAUGCGGAGACGCGGUGCGCCCUCGUUGAAUGGGAGGGAGGCUGCCUUUGCGCACCAAAUGAAGUCAUGAACGGCAGAACGAUGAAGUCAUCGCCUGCACUUGCAGCUAUAAUCUCUGUGCACUGAUCGAUCGAUGUACACACACAGAUGAGGGGUUCUCACCGUCUUGGGAAGUGGGUCAUGGAAUAAUCGGUUCACCUAUUUUCUUUGAAAGGCUAUAUGUGAAAGCUUGGGUUUGAGAGUUAAUUUGUCUGUUAAAUUGGUAUGCUACUGUCGCCUGAUAAAAACGUUUGACAUGUUGAGAUUCGUUUUUGGACACAGAUAGUGACAACAUUUAUUGUAAGAAUAGGCUAUAGCCUACAUUUCCAUUUUGCGUGAUGCAGAUCAAAUGUGUGCUGUCAAGUUUGUGUGGUAGCAUACAGUUUUCAAUAGACCUAAAUCAAGAUUGAAACAUCAGAAAGAUGUGCUCGUUUUGGAAAUAUAUCAAAGUACGGAAUAAGACAUACUGUAAAACAUGCUGCUCUGAGAAAUUGGACGUUGUUGUCAUUCAUGGUGUAGCGGAGAACGAAGCCAUUUGAGACAUGGAUAAGUUUCUGCAGAUCGCGCCUCACUCCCUGGGCAUAGUGCUGUCUCGGGUUGGCGCGGAGGAGUCGCCCGCGGUAACCGACAAGCUCCAGCAACAUCACACGGGCUACGAGAUAUUUGCCGAUUUCAAAGCCGUCAACAUGCAGCACUUCUGGAAUAAGAAAGUGACCGAUGCGAUAUCGGAGACUUUCUUCCUAGGCUGGAUUGACCAGGAUGUCCUGCUAAUCCAAGGGAAGGAACACCACCUCAAGGGGCUCAGAGAGGGAUGGGCGAGGCGGGCCCUCAAACCGCCCGGAGGGUUCGAGAUCAAGUGCAUCGGCUUCUAACAGAGGGGCUACGAGAAGUGUCCUGUGCAGGAAGGAAAGUCGAGUGUCUGUUCAGGAAAGGAACCAUGCUAAACACUGAAGCACUCUCCCCGAUGGAAGGAAGAGGAGGGGCCUGGAAGAGAGAAUUGGGGGAAACGAUAGACAGAAAUUAUUCUGGCAGUAUAUCCCAAGUGGUAACAGGAAUGACUCUGGCUGUAUUUCCAAAAGGGUGACAGGAAUUAGUCUGACAGAUUUUCCCAAGAGGAGGGUUGGGGCCCCACUGAUGUGUUGAGAGGAAUUCCUCACUAGGGUUGCAACUUAAGACUGGGUACCGUCCAGAAACAUGCUUAAUUAUUUUUAUUUUUUAUUUAACCAGGUAAGCUAGUUGAGAACAAGUUCUCAUUUACAACUGCGACCUGGCCAAGAUAAAGCAAAGCAGUUCGACACAUACAACAACACAGAGUUACACAUGGAAUAAACAAACAUACAGUCAAUAAUACAGUAGAAAGAGCCUAUAUACAGUGUGCAAAUGAGGUAGGAUAAGGGAGGUAAGGCAAUAUAUAGGCCAUGGUGACGAAGUAAUUACAAUAUAACAAUUAAACACUGGAAUGGUAGAUGUGCAGAAGAUGAAUGUGCAAGUAGAGAUACUGGGGUGCAAAGGAGCAAGAUAAAUAAAUAAAUACAGUAUGGGGAUGAGGUAGUUGGAUGGUGUGACUAGGGUGGGAGUUCUAUGUUCUUUUUUCUAUGUUUUUAUAUUUCUUUGUUUUUGGCCAGGUAUGGUUCUCAAUCAGGGACAGCUGUCUGUCGUUGUCUCUGAUUGAGAACCAUACUUAGGCAGCCUGUUUUCCCACUAUGGGUUGUGGGUAGUUGUUUUCUGUUUUUGUGUCUGCACCAGACAGAACUGUUUCGGUUUUGUUCAUUCUCUUUGUUAUUUUGUUUUGUGUUCAGUUUAAAUAAAAAUAACAUGAACACUUACCACGCUGCGCUUUGGUCCACACCUUCUUCAUACGACGACCAUUACAGAUGGGCUAUGUGCAGUGAUCUGUGAGAUUGUAGAUUGCAGAUUGCAACACCGCCCCCUUUGGUAGUUCUUUCUUGUCAGAAAAUGUGAUAGUUAGGGAUGGAAAUUUCAGGGUUUUUGGUGUUCUUCCUCAGCCAGGAUUCAGACACGGCUAGGACAUCUGGAUUGGCAGAUUGUGCUAAAGCAUUGAAUAAAACAAACUUAGGGAGGACGCUUCUAAUUUUAACAUGCAUGAAACCAAGGAUUUUACGGUUACAGAAUUCAACAAAUGCAAGCACCUGGGGAGUAGGAGUGGAGCUAGACACUGCAGGGCCUGGAUUAACCUCUACAUCAGCAGAGGAUCAGAGGAGGAGUAGGAUAAGGGUAUAGCUAAAGGCUAUCAGAACUGGUCGUCUAGUACGUUCGGAACAGAGAGUUAAAGGAGCAGGUUUCUGGGCACCAUAGAAUAGAUUCAAGGCAUAAUGUACAUCCAAAGGUAUGGUAGGAUGUGAGACACAUUGUAGGUAAAUCUAGGCAUUGAGUAUUGAUGAGAGAGAUAUUGUCUCUAGAGACGUUUAAACCAGGUGAUGUCACCGCAUAUGUGGGAGGUGGAACUAACUGAUUGGUUAAGGCAUAUUGAGCAGGGCUACAGGCUCUACAGUGAAAUACGACAAUAAUCACUAACCAGGACAGUAAUAGACAAGGCAUAUUGAUAUUAGAGAGAGGCAUGUGUAGCCGAGUGAUCAUAGGGGUGCAGCGAGUGGUUGGGCUGGCUGGAGACACGGCGGUUCAGACAGCUAGCAGGCCGGGACUAGCAAGCUAUGAGGAGGGCCUUAGAGGGACAUCGCGACGGAGGAAAGUCACCAAAGCCCCAUAUACUACCCACCAUUGCGACCUGUACGCUCUCGUUGGCUGGCCCUCGCUUCAUACUCGUCGCCAAACCCACUGGCUCCAUGUCAUCUACAAGACCCUGCUAGGUAAAGUCCCCCCUUAUCUCAGCUCGCUGGUCACCAUAGCAUCUCCCACCUGUAGCACACGCUCCAGCAGGUAUAUCUCUCUAGUCACCCCCAAAACCAAUUCUUUCUUUGGCCGCCUCUCCUUCCAGUUCUCUGCUGCCAAUGACUGGAACGAACAACAAAAAUCUCUGAAACUGGAAACACUUAUCUCCCUCACUAGCUUUAAGCACCAACUGUAAGAGCAGCUCACAGAUUACUGCACCUGUACAUAGACCACCUAUAAUUUAGCCCAAACAACUACCUCUUUCCCAACUGUAUUUAAUUAAUUUAUUUAUUUUGCUCCUUUGCACCCCAUUAUUUUUAUUUCUACUUUGCACAUUCUUCCAUUGCAAAACUACCAUUCCAGUGUUUUACUUGCUAUAUUGUAUUUACUUUGCCACCAUGGCCUUUUUUGCCUUUACCUCCCUUCUCACCUCAUUUGCUCACAUUGUAUAUAGACUUGUUUAUACUGUAUUAUUGACUGUAUGUUUGUUUUACUCCAUGUGUAACUCUGUGUCGUUGUAUCUGUCAAACUGCUUUGCUUUAUCUUGGCCAGGUCGCAAUUGUAAAUGAGAACUUGUUCUCAACUUGCCUACCUGGUUAAAUAAAGCGUUGUACAAACUGGCGAGAGCUUUCCGAGCUAAAGGUGAUGACCGCUAGCAGUGGUUAGCUGACUACUAGCUAGUAGCUAGUGAGCUGGCUAGCUUCUGUUGGGGGGAUUCCGGUUCCGUGGUAGAUAAAAAUACUUUAGAAAAAAAACUAUCCACACCACAUUGGGUGAGGCGGGUUGCAGGAGAGUAUUUUGAAGUUGAGGUUUAGAAAAAGAUAUGCGAAGAAAAAGAUAUAAAAAGAUAUAUACAUGGGACACGACAAGACGAAGAUGAAGAUGUCCGACUGCUACGCCAUCUUGGAUACUACUUGGUGGUCAUGAUGGGGGGAAAAAAUUGUGAUCCACCAAGUA